AAGAGGGUGGAGGAAAGGGGAAUCCGUGAGGGUGGUAAAGUACUCGUCAGUCGUAUGACGCGUUUCCCGCCGACAACAUCGCUUAUAUUGUCAAUAAAUUAAACCGCGACCGAAUUUCCAGUUUCCACGUGUUCCUCGCAUGUGUCCUUAUAUGAUCUGAUUGCUAUUGGCUAUUGCAGUUCCGCGGCAACCUGUAUUAUCGAUCGAACGUGUUUUGUGCACGUUGCCGCAGUUACUCGUGGCACCGUCACUACAUCGCACGUACUGCACAAUCGUCUUCGUAUUAACGUAACAUCGUGUGCCGAUUGGGAUUCAAUUUACGAUUUCUUUUGCGCAUUGCAGUCAUAAUCAUAAUUCACUAAUUAUAACAAUAUUAUUGUAUUAACAUUGUUCCUCUCUAUACGCUUUGUGUUAAAAUUACCGUCCAACCGCCAUAUUCUAUUUCAAAUUGUAUAUUUCGCGCAUUAGUGAAAAAGUUAAUUAUUUAUUUGAGCUAACUGUUGACACAAGAAAUUAAAUCUAUGCAUCGUGAAUUGUUUAGUGCAAUUUUUAUAGAUUUAUAUUCAAAAAAAAUUGUGACAUAAGAAUACUUUGAACUUGCUUUCUAUUUUUGACGAUCUUUGAUCGAUUUUGAAACUGUUUUAUCGAUGUUUUGUAUUCUUGAUUAACUACUCAUGUGGCGCCAAAACAGAAAAUAAAAAUAUGCUUUUGCUAUCAUGCCGUAAAAAGUAAAUUAAAUUCAAAACUCAUUUUUCCAAAAUAGUUAAAUGUAGUGUAUAUAAUAAUAUAAUUACUAUGAUAUUUGUGAUAAGAUCUUUUUAAAAUAUAAAAUCUAUUUGUGCUUCUAUAAUGGUGUAUUUCUAUAAGUGAUUUUGUUAAAAUGUGAAUAUUGUGAAUUUAUGUUUUUAGAUUAUGGUGUUAUGGCUAAUAUUGUUCGUAUUUAAUAUCUUCGUUACUUUGUUGAAUACUCAUCUAUGGAUUACUUCAGUAUCAUUAUAUUCAAAUUAUAGAAGGAAACAGACGAAAGAGGGUGGAAUGAGAUUUAUCCGGUGACCUCGUGCCACGCGUGGUAAUGCUACUGGCAAGCGGUGCUUCGAUACCGACCAUCGCCGGUACUGUCGAGGAGGAGGAAGAAUAUGCACGUAGCGAGGCGAACAGCGCACAUUAUGAUGGCUAUGUUACCGAUCAUACCGAUCUUGCUUCCGAAAUUGAUAUUGAUGAAUCCGAAUACAGACGGGAGCUUCUCAAUGAUAAAUGGCGAAUGCUGUUUGAUAAGUUUGAUCCCGAAGGUUUUGGCGAGAUACCGGUGGAGGAUUUUUUAGCAGCUUUAAAAAGUCCCGAAUGGAAAGCUGAAAUACCACCAAAUAAACGAGAUAUACUUCUCACUAGGGCAAAAGAAUCACGUGUUGAAGCGGUAACGUUUCAGGAUUUCGUCAAUGUGGAAAUCGUAAUAAGAGCUGUUGAAGCAAGAGCGAACAAGAGCCAUCUGUUGUCGGCGCGGUUUGCGACAAAACAAACAGCUUGCCAAUUAUGGGGUGAUUUUGAGCCUGCUCGACAUAAUUUGGACCGGCAAAGAGGACAAAGACGACUCGUUUCUACCACGCCUACGGUCGUUAAACUUCACGAUGAGAAGGGCAUAGCUAUUUUCCUAUUCUCCUCUUGUUUGGUGUCUCUAUUUACGCUCUUUUACCGACUACUCGUUGACCUCUUUUAUAAUCUUAAGGUGGAAGUCCAGUAUUUUUGACGAAUAGUCAAUAAUUCUUUGAUUCAAGUGAUAUGCUCUAUUUGUAGCCUUUUAAUUUUUUUUUUUUUUUUUUGCGUUCCAAU